AUGGCUGGACGAAAAUCUUGUACUACAUGUAACAAAGGUGGAAUUGUUAUGUCAUGUGAUAGAUGUGAACAUACAUUCUGUGAUAAACAUGUUAUUGAACAUCGACAGCGAUCUACUAAUCAAUUAAAUGAUCUUAUACGAGAACAUGAUUUAUUACAAGAUGAAAUUAAACAUACAUCCAAUUCACAUUUUCUAUUCAAAGCUAUAGAUAAAUGGGAAAAAGAAUCGAUGAUUAAAAUACAAUCAACUGCAGAAGCUGCACGAAUAGAACUAAGAGAAAUGAUUGAAACAUCUAAAGAUCGUAUUUCAUCAACGUGUCAUGAUGUUGUAAAAAAUCUUCAAGUAUCUCGUGAAGCUGGUCAAUUUUGUCAAGAUGAUCUUAUUCGAUCAAUGCAACAAUUAAAAGAUAUAAAAAUGAAAAUUUCGUCACCUUUACCAGUUAAUUUAGUUGAAAAUAAAAAUUCCAGUAUUCAUUUAAUUACAAUAAAAGGUACUGAUUUUAUGAAUAAAGAAUUUGAAAAAGUCAAAAUUAUUUCCAUUACAAAACGUGUACAAACCUCUCAUAAUCAAGAUAAAUUUUCUAAAGUAAUUGGUUCUGCUACAAUCAGUGAAGAUGGUCUUCUUGCUAAACAUAAUUGUCAAAAUUCUACAUUUGCAUAUAUUAUUGGUCAACAACUCUAUUCUAAAGGUAGACAAACUAUUCGUUUUAAAAUUGAACAUAGUCAAAUGCCAUAUAAUAUUUUCUUUGGUUGUAUUUCAUCACAAAUGAAUUUAAAUCAAAUUAAUUAUAAUUUAUCUUGUGUUGCUGGUUGGUUCGGUUAUAAUGAAGUCUAUCAUCAUGGUUCCACUAGUAAGGAUGUACAAAUGCAUGGUUACGAUAGUAAUAAAAUCGAAACAUAUGAUGUAUUAUCUCUUACAUUUGAUUGUGAUGAAAAACAAAUUGAAUUAUAUCCUGAACGUACAAAGAAAAUUCAUGAACUAUCAAUAGAUACAGACAAAGCACCUCUUCCAUGGCAACUUCUAGUAGUAUUAACAUAUGAAAAUGAUAGUGUUAGAAUAUUAUAUAAUGCUUGA